AUGUCAGGAGUUAGUCGUGAUGAGAGCAUGAGAAGUACCUCUGAUGGGGUGGGUAAUCAAACACAGGUUCUGGACAGCGAAUUGGAUAGUGAGUUUGUGGUUGAAACUUUCAUCGAAGCUAUCAAGGACGGCGAUUUGAAGGUGGUGAAGGAUGUGGUUGAAAGCGGGGCCAUUGAUAUCAACAAUGACUGCAUUAACGAGCUUCCGGGCCUGCAUUGGGCCUGCAUCAAAAAUAGGUUUUCUAUAGCAGAAUUCCUCGUACGCAGAGGUGCGAAUCUUAACCAAACAGCAGGCCCCGAGAGGGCUACUGCUCUGCACUGGGCCGCGAGGUAUGGUCACGUUUAUAUCGUUGAUCUACUUCUCAAGCAUGGGGCUGAUCCGACGCUUAUAGAUGGGCAAGGCCUAAACAUUCUGCAUUUCAGUGUCUACAGUUCCAAUAUUAUGCUUGUAGUUUACGUCCUCUAUUUCGUUGUGAGCAACGAUAACAAUGUCGAUAUAGAUUCGAAAGAUUACAACAGUAGAACCCCCCUGCUGUGGGCUGCUUACCAAGGCGAUUUUCUCACUGUGGAACUUCUACUAAAAUUUGGCGCUACUGUCGCAUUGACAGAUAAUAGAGGAUUCAAUGCGCUUCAUUGUGCCUUGGUUGGAGGAGACCAAAGGGCCAUAUGCGAUUUGAUACUAAGUGGCGCAAAUUUUUACGAAAGAAAUAACCAGAAGCAAGACUGUUUCGAUCUAGCUAAAGGGAUAGGAACAAAAUCACUCUUCGAACAGGCACUGCAACACCAUGGGUAUGACAAACUUGGAAAUCAAAAAGAAAAAAUAUUCAAGAAAAAUUCGCACUCACAGUUGAUGAUAUUUUUGUCGCCUUUCGCACUUAUGAUUUAUACUUAUUCGAUUUCUUUAAUUCUUUCUCCCCCACUAGCCAUCGUUCUUUCUCUCCUGGUGAUUGUUGUUACCGUGAAUUCACUGAAAAAAUUUGUAUUACCGUCACUUACAAGAAAAAACAUUUACAAAGUUUCUCUAGCAAGAACGCCCUUUUUCAGUGGCCUCUUUGUUUCCACUUUCUGCUUCUUGCUAUUCAUUUGGGUGAAGAAACUAUACCCAUAUAGCGUGUUUGACUAUACAGCAAAAGACGCGCAACUUUUGGUUACUUCCCUUUUCACAUUUGUACUAUUCCUGAAAUUGGUAAGGUCGGACCCAGGUUGUUUGAAAAUGGACGAUAGUACUAUACCGGUACAAGAAACGAUAAAACAGUUAAUUCAGUCGAGAAAAUAUGACAGAAAUAACUUUUGCGUCGAAACCUUAGAAAGAAAGCCAUUAAGAAGUAAGUAUUCACUUUUCAGUGGAGCCCUGGUGGCCAGAUUUAAUCAUUAUUGUCCAUGGGUAUAUAACGACAUUGGUUUGAAGAAUCACAAGCUUUUUAUGUUUUUUGCUUUUGCGGUUCAAUACGAGAUGUUUUUGUUCAUGUGGUUGUGCUUAGAGUAUUUUAAAAAGACCAACUAUAUUUACGAACAAGUUGACGAAUAUUCAAGAUGUACUUUCCUGAAAAAUGAGACCUUGUGUAAAGGUUCCAAUUAUGAUCCCUCUACUUUCUUUUUAUUCAUUUGGAUUAGCGUGAACUUCGUGUGGUUGGGGGGUAUGUUGGUUGUCCAAUGUUUUCAAAUAUUAAAGGGAAUUACAAGUCCCGAGUUGUACGCUUUAAUUAAGGAGGAACGCAAGGCGGAAGCUCUAAAUCUGAUACCAUUCGAAAACCCUAUAUUUUCCAUCCCAAAUGGUAAGAAUACCGAUACGGUGUCUGAUGACCCAAUUGCGACGACUGUCACACAUACAAUCUCCAUUGAUAGUUUGGAACCAAGACACAGGCGCUAUGCCGUUUUCAAUGCAUGUUUUUCGAUGGUUGGCUUAAAUCAGUGGGUUGUUACUUUCAAGGAAAUGAUAGGCAUCUCCAACCUUUUACGCGGCAACAGUAAACCACGCCAUAACCAUUCGCUGCUUCGAAACUUCUUAGUGACUAAUCACUGGAAGACAAACUUGGCCGAUUUCUGGUUAAACAGUGAUGUAACAGCGCCCUUAUGGCAGCGGUUUUUUUAUUCCUCAGAUACCUCGAAGGCCAUGCUAGGUGGCGUUGAAGUUGACUAUUACCGGUUAUACGAGCUUCCUGCUCGAGAAGGAGAACCAAUAAGUUCAAACUCGGAGUUCGUUUAA